UGAUUACUUAAGCUUUACGUUUGUUCACUGAACCAAUACUUCGUAUAAACGUUCAAUGCAGUAACAUGUUUUUUUCAUUUCAGUUGAUCCAGUUUUUUAGACCAAAAAUAUACUGCAAAAUGCAGUUACUCUGCUUGUUGAUAUUUAUAGGAGCUACUCAAUGUGAUGAUUCAUCAGAAAUACCGCCAGAUUCUUUUGAUAAUUUGGGAGUACCGGAUGCUCAGGAAUAUGUUUCACAAUUACAAUUAUCAGUUCAAUCAUCAUAUAUAACUUCAGUUGAAUGUAUGCUAUCAUCAAAUCAUUACAUACAAAGUGGAUUUUCUGAAAUUGAUAGCUCUUCAAAUAAUUUGGAAGAAAAUUUAGUAACGAAAUUUAAAGAUGGGUUCAGUAGCAUGGAAAAUAUGAUGCUCGGCUUCCAACAAACUGAUGAGGAAAAAGAAUCGCAAGACAAAAUUAAUGCUGUAGUAUCCAUGACAGUUAACUAUUACCAAAAAAAAGAUGUAACUGUUGAAAAAUGCGAAACAAAGCUCAGCGAAGUAACAGAAGUGCAUCAAGCGCAAUCAAUUCUAACCGCAAGAUGGUGUGAAUCAUCUUACAUUGACUUCAUGAAUGAUGUUACAACGAUAAAAACUAAGUAUACCAGUGGAACGAGUGGAACGAGUGACGCAGAUAAAAUGAAUACUAAUCAAUGGGCUACUCAGGUGAAUCAGUAUUAUGAUGCAAGAGAAAGUAUAAUUAAUAAAACAAAUGUAUACGCAUCAAUUAGAGAAGCGUUUUUGUUUGGUAGUGGAAUAAAUUUGUGUGAAGGUUCCGCAAACACUGAUCAAUCAUUACUGAAAAUAUACGAAACUGAUGAUUUAUCAAAAUUUUUCGGCAAAACUGAUAAUGACGCAUCAGCACUAUUAUGCCAGACAGUCACACAAAUGUAUACAAUUUAUAAGUCUUCAUUGACUAAUAUUUAUUUAAAAUCGGUUGUUCAUUCAAAUUGUGACUUAGCAAUGAGGGUUACAAUAUGGGAACAAGUGAAUUUAGUUAGAGCAAAUUUUGAGUACAUGAGUCAAAACAUAGUAUCGUUUAUAAAAACAACACAAACAGAUGCAGAAUCUAGUUUUGGUGCUGAUUCUGAAGAAUAUAAAAAAAUCAUGAUAACCUUAUAUACUUGUGUGAAUAAAAUGCUUUUAACAGUUGUUAAAACUACCGAAAUACAUUAUAAACGUGCGUUGAACUUUAAACCUGAUAGAAGUAUGAUUAAAAUGGAUUUCAAUAAAUACAAAGUAGAUACGAUUGAAAAUUACUAUGACAAUAUCGCUUAUAGUGGUACUAAUAUAGAUGACUUUGAUAUGCGUAUUGUUGAUAAAGGUGACUGUUCAUAUCCAUCACCACAAAUGUGUAUACCACAGAAUAUGUACUCAUUAUUAGUAAAUAAAUUAGUUUUACAAACUUUUAUUUGUCAACUAAAUUAUAUAGAUGUACGAAGAAAAACAACAAAGUACGAUGUAAAAAAUGUGGAUUCUUGGAUAUAUGAAAAAAUCACAAUGGUACAAUUCCAAAAUUCAAUCAUAUUUUCCAAAUGUACAGCGAUUGUAAACAAAAUGUUUAUUAUGAAUUGUGCCACUUAUACAUAUGUAUUAUUGAUCACAGAUCAAAGUACUCAAACUACCGAUGUUCAACAAAUUAUUGAUCAAUCAACAACUGAUGUAAUUGGAACACUGUGUGUAAAUGUUUUGGAAAUAACCGACACCUAUAAUACUGUUGAAAUAUUUGUAGAUAAAAAUAGUAAUACGAACGAUACAUCAGUAGUAUACAGACCUGGCCAACCAAGAAAUUCGAAUACUCCACCACCUGGAAACUAUCCCACUAACAACGGAAGCUAUCCAACUAAUAACGGAAACCCUGCCCCCAACAACGGAAACCCUGCCCCCAGCAACGGAAACCCACCCCCCAAAAACGGAAACCCACCUUCCUACAACGGAGGCUAUCCAACUAAUAACGGAAGCCCUCCCCCUAACAGUGGUAACUAUUCGAAACUGGAAAGUCCAACAAAUAACUAUCCAAGUAAUGGAAAUAAUCAAUAUUCGUUUAUAAUAUCUAGUAAACCAAUAACAAAAAUAAUAGAAAUAAUCCGAAGUUCUCCUAAAAACAAAAUAACAUCAUGUUUAACUAACGUCCAGAGCGCAGGAGAAACCGAAUACACGAAAGUAGUGAAAAAAUCAUUGGAAAUUUGUCAACAAAUAACUCAGUAUAAUGCAGAUUAUUUAGAAAUCGUAACUUCAGAUUCACUAAAAUAUUUAUCAGAAGUGACAACUCCUGAUUCUGCAGAUUAUUAUCGAGCAUUAAUCAUAAUAUUUAGAGAUACACAGGAAAAAUCAAAAAUUUUAUUUUCGACGAUGGUUAUACCACUCAAGAGAACAACUAGUUAUUCGUUAACAUCUGAUGUAUAUUUAGAAGUGCCUCAAACUAUGGAAUGCAAGGAUUUCGUCAAUAACAUUUAUAAAUAUUUUGAAGUAAAUAUUGAAGAAGUAUAUAACAAUGACAAUGAUGCUGAUUUAUACCUACAAAAUAGUAUGACUCAAUUUAAUAAAAUAUACGAAACGGUUGUCAAGGCAGUUAAGGAAACACAGGAUGAUUCCUAUAAAACAUUUCUAUUAUGCUAUUUAGAAAAAACUAUUGCUGUGUACAAACAAACCACCAACUGUUUCAAAGAACAAAUUGUUCAAUCACAACAGUUUAUUAGUCAAAGUGAAGAUAGCAAAUGUGCAUUUUAUAAAGAAAUCACACAGCGGAUGGAUUCUAUUAAUAUAAUGUAUUAUGGUGUCCUUAUAAAAUCGUAUCAAUAUGCCAAAAAUACUUCGUCUGUUUCAAUAUUUGUAUCUGAAUUUGACGUUAUUACUACGCAAACGGAAAUAGUGACAAGUUACACUACAAUCACCCAUGAGAGAACACUAGAGUUUUCAGUAGCAGUGUCAAAUUGAGUUUAAGAACUAGUAGUUUAGAUUUGAAAAACCAGUAGUUUGAAGUGGAGUACAAGGUUAUAUAAAUUAUCAUUUUCAGUUUGCAUAUAACACAUUUUUAUACCACAAGUACCUAGAGUUAUAAAUUAUAAUAAACUAUAAAUGUAUCUGUGUAUACAUUUUACAUGAAAUAAAGUAUAAUUAAGAAUUAAUGUCUGGAUUAAUCAUAAAAGAAAUUGUCUCUAAAAAUAUAAAUACUAAUUAAUGACAUCUAAGAUCUAACAUGUAUUUUACAUGUAUUUAUUUAGAUGUAAAAAGUAACCCAAAUUAGUCAUUGUUUAAAAAAAAAAUAUUUUAUUAUCAUCAUCUAAAUUUUGUAAUUUAUAAUAAUCAUAAAAAGGAAGUUAUCUUAUUGGCUGUGAUAAUGUUACCUUCCAAUUAAAACAUUGAAAUGUGAAAAUAAAUGCAAUUAUUAGUAUUGUAAUUAUUCAUUUUUCUUAUAAUAAAUUUAAGAAUUCUAUUAUUA